CGAUGGCCGCUGGUUUACCGACAACCCCACGCCUGCCCGCAAUUGCCUUAUCCUCUUUCACCAACUCACCUACACACUCAGUCUCACUGACAACUAAGAUGCAAGAUUUCAGAAUUGACCCAGACCUGCUGCGACGCUUUGCAGGCCGUACUGUGAUUGUGACUGGAGCCGCAAACGGGAUCGGAGCGGUCGUCGCAUCGCGUUUCAAUGAUCACGGGGCAAAGGUCGUCGUAUCCGACCUUGCGUCCUUUGAAGAAACAGCCGAGACGCUCAUAAAAGCAUUUUCUCGGCCCGAGCAGGCAGUUUCUGUUGCUGCUGAUGUUAUUGACUGGCAGCAGAUGAAAAUGCUCUUCCAUCGGACAGUUCAGCGCUUCGGAGAGGUUGACAUUGUCAUCGCCAACGCUGGGGUAAUGGAGUCUCGUCCGAUCAUGGACCUCGAUGAUUUGGAUGAGAACGGUAAUCUCAAAGAGUCCAUUGAAGGCUUUCGAGUGAUCGAUAUAAACCUGAAAGGGACCUUGAAUGCUCUCCGACUGGCAAUGCAUCACAUGAAGAACAAAUCCAAACCAUCUGGAUCCCUUGUCCUUCUGGCUUCUACUUCGGGGUAUUUUGGAGGCACCGGUGUAGCAGCGUAUGUCGCUUCUAAACAUGGGAUUGUGGGGCUACUUCGUGCAACCCAGAAUACUGCGCAGCAAUAUGGCAUUCGUGUCAACGCUGUUGCCCCAUCUUUCACUACGACCCGGCUCACAGCAGGAUCCGCACAGAGAUGGCACGAAGCAGGUCUCGAAUCCAAAACGCCUCAGCGUGUUGCGGAAUUUAUCGAGCAGGUUGCAUUAGACCCGACACGAGCGGGAUCGUGUGUUCUAGUUGCCGGGAAGUACCUUCGCGAAAUGGAAAUGGAAUUCACCAGAACAAGAAUGCUCGCGCCAUGGCUUGGUGAAGACGUCGCGAGAUUUAUGGCCAGCGCCAUGCAAUUUUUCCAAGAUAUAGGGGGUUAUGUGCUUCCCAAGUCCGCUUAAGCGCUCUCCUUUCCAUGUGAAUGUGCUGCCGGCUAAUUCUUGGCCUUUUAGCUCGAAAUUGAAUAUUGAUGUGACCUGUGCUUGCAUACCAGUACUACGAAGGAAAGCCAAGCUACCCGAAUGCGGAAUUUCUGUCUACGGAGGGUGAUCGGAAUGCCCUCAUCGAGCAAAUCACAAGCAUAUCAAUUUGUUUUGCUGUUUAGAUCAUGGCUAGAGCUGCACCAUGGACGGUUCACAUGCAUGGGCGAAACUAGGGAGCAAGUACCAGCACGCGUUUACGUAUCAGCUCCU